GCUUUCCCACCUUUUGAGAAAUUCCAGUCUUGAGAAAUUCCGGUCAUUCCCCACUUUGAGCGCGAAAAUCCUUUCCAACGUUCAACACAAUAAUGGUUGGCAGCUUCAUUACUUUUGGAUCAUAUGAUAGUAAGGAAUUGACUCACAAACCAAGAAUUUUUCGACUUGGAGUUAAGAAGCCUCAACUAUGGAAGCCUGCUUUCGGAAAGAAAGCUUGGAAAAAGGGGUGUCUCUCUGCACUGCAGAUGACGUGGCCUCCUAGAAGAACGGCAAACUUGCGCAUAAGGCAAGAUUCUACUGUGGUCUCUCUUCCGCUUAAGUUUGACAAUUCGUCCCUCGUUGCAGCGAAGUUGGAUUACUUACAAAACUCGGAAAUGAAAACUGAAACAAAGAGAAAGGCUGACCGUAAGCUUAUCUUGGUCUCCUUCCCUGAAAUUCCUGGCAACUUAACAGAGAGAUUGUUCAAAAGCCAACCGUAUUCGAGAUACUUACAAGAUGCCCGUUUAUUCACUGAUUGGAAUUUUCUGCUUUGUGAAGAGAAGAUACACAAUGUUUCCGCCACAGACUGGAACUUGUUAAAUCUUUUUGGGUUAAGUCCCAGUACCAACUAUAAGUAUAAAAGAAGUAGUUGGGUGGAAAAAUUGACUGUCUUUAUUGCAGAUGUAAUAUGUGACUUUUUGGUAUUAGAUGCUCUUUGGCAACUCGACUCAUUUGCCGACUUUGCAAGUUUUUUUGUUGGUGGCUUUUUCGCCUUUAUUACGGCAGAUUUCAUAUCCGGUAUUUACAACUGGGCGUCGAGGAAUUAUUUUUCCAACACAGACUCUUGUUACGUUUCCCUUGUAUCGAAGCGGAGUCAUUCAAAAGCGGGAGGCUGCUCUUCAGAAGAUGAAGAAGUGAGCGAUUUCUUUUCUAAUGUUUAUUGGUAUUGUCUAUUUACUAUUCCUUUCCUGGCAACUUUGACAUAUUUUCGGGACGAUUUGCCAAUUUUUUUCAAUUCUUUUUUGAUAUUUUUUCUAUCUCUAUUGGCUAUAUGGCCAGAAGCUCACAAGUGGGGUCACAUGGCGGAUCCAGAAAGGCCACCACCACCAGUUGUCUGUCUUUUGCAAAGUUAUGGUUUAUUAAUACCUAUCCACGAACAUUUAUGGCAUCACGAUAGUCAUCUGUUUUAUCGUACUGGUACUGAAGAUUCGGCGUCUUUGGAGGUUAUGAAUGACUCAUCUCAAACUGCAGCUUAUUGUGCCAUCAGUGGGCACUGGAAUCGUUUUCUAGAUAUAACUGGUUUUUUUAGGAAACUGGAGUGGUUGAUUUAUUGUCUUUUUCGAAUAGAACCAAAGAUUUGGAGUAUAUUGCCACAUUUGAAGGAAGGUUUUGUGGAUAUGGAUUCAACUGAAUAAUGAAUAUACAAUUGUGAACGAUGGUUAUCGUCGAGUUUAUCAUUGACUCGACUCUUUUUUUUUUCGACUGUAUAUAUUAUGUUACGGGGAAAAAUAUCGUAAAGAUGCAAUUUAGUAUCUUCCAUUGUUUGUUAGAAGUUUGUAGCUCAAUUGGUAGAGUGCACGGUUUGCCUCCUCGAGGCACCGGGAUCGAAAAC